CCUGCUAGACAUGGGUCUGCGGCUCCCGCUGCGCAGGAGUGCCAGCUGCAGCCCGGAGCACCCGGCCCUGCUCGAGGCGCCCGGCCCCGCCGCCCUGAGAAUGGAGGCGAACGUGCUCGUUAUGGGGGCAGACAACGUGGGCAAGUCGGCUUUGACUGUGCGUUUCCUCACCAGGCGUUUUAUCGGGGAAUACGGAGACAUGGAAUUCAUCUACAGUCACAACCUGACCGUGGAUGGCCGAGAGAUUCUCUUCCACAUCUGGGAUGUCCCAUAUUCACAGGACCAGGCAGAUGAGGGCUCCUCCGAGGAAAAGCGAAUCCAGUGGGCAGACAGCUUUGUCCUGGUCUACAGCAUCUGUGACCGCGCCAGCUUCAACAUCCUGCCCCUCAAAAUCCAGUUCAUCAAGGCGACCAAGGAGGGUAUGAGCCAGGAGAAGGUGCCCAUCGUCAUCGUGGGCAACAAACGGGACCUGCACCACCAAAGGGUGGUGUCCAGCGAGGAGGGCCGGCUCCUGGCCCUCUCUUUGGACUGCGGUUUCUAUGAGGUCUCCGCUGCUGAGGCCUAUCACGGGGCGCUCAUGGUCUUCCACGGACUGGCAGAGCGUAUCCCUGACACCAGAUUGGCACUGAAAAGGGGUACCAGGAUCCGUGGCAUCGUCAAGAGCAUGUCGGCUGUGUUUGCCCGUAAAAGAACAGACUCUCUCUGAGCCACGGCCAGUGCGUUGCUCUUCUG